CAUGUGGCACAUUCUCUCUUCCGCCCUCUCUUCCUAUUCUUUCCCCCCUCUUCACUUUCCCUUCUUUACCUUCUUUUACCCACUUAGUCCUUCGGUCUGAAUCGCUUCUUCUUUCCAUCCUUCCUCAACAAACAGGAUCGACGGUCUAUCCUAUUUCACAUCUAAUUCAGCGUCCCAAAAGACAUUAUGAAGCUCUAUCACCUUACUGUGGCUUUACUGGCUGGCCUGAACUUAGCCGCGGCUCAGGGCAUGGAGAGCCUUCCAGCCUGUGCGAGGGACUGUGCUACCGGUGCUAUCCCAAAGAGCUGCAGUGCCAUUGAUGUCGGCUGCAUCUGCUCCAAUACGUCUUUUAUCACCAGUAUCUCCUGCUGUGUUGCUACUGCUUGCUCUGACCAGGACCAAAACUCUGCCAUCACUUUUGCACAGCAGAUCUGCAGUGGCGCUGGCGUAACCGACCUACCCCAGAGCGCCGGUUGUACAAGCGGGAGCACGGCAAGUGCUACGGGGCAAAGUACGACAAACACUGGCGCUUCUGCGACUACUACUCCGUCCACUGCAACUAAUGGAACCAACAUCGACUCCUCCAACACUGCCGCUUCAGCAACUGCUACCAAUACGGGAACAAACACGCAAAACGCGGCAAGCAGCGCAACCGCCAGUAGCGCUGCUGUCAUUGGUGCAGCCUUCUACGCCUUGCUUGCCUAA